UAUGAUUAUUUUAAAAUAUAUUCCGUUUAGUGUAGAAAAAUAUUAAACGGUAUCGUAAUAAAUCUAGUGCUCAAUAUCUGUUGACGUGGUUUCCUUUAUGGUGAUUUUUUUUAAAGUGCUCAACAUUUGAUAUUAUAUUAACACGUAUUAUAACACUAUGCAGCUUUAUUGUUUAGCAUUUAUUAUUUUAUGGUUAAGUCCAGGUUAUAUGGCACGGCCUGAAAUUACCGAUGAUUCGUCUCCCGAGGAUUCGUCUCCCAAAGAAGGCCAAAUAGAUGACACCAACGUUUUGAUCAGCGACAUAGGCGACCUCUAUCAAAGCGGCAGUUAUUCAGACGUUGUUUUGGAGGUACAAGGAGAACGAUUGCGCGCCCAUCGUAGUAUACUAGCCUCACGAAGCAAUUUUUUUAGGAUCUUAUUUUAUGGAGGUGGUAGCAAAACUUCUGAUUCGGACGUGCCAAUAAAAGAUGUAUCAUUAACUUUAUUUCAAAGAAUUUUUAAAUAUAUUUAUACUGGCCGAAUAGAUUUAAGGGAUUUUAAGAAUGAAGAAAUUUUCGAAUUACAUAAGCUUUCGGAUUACUUUGGGAUUUCACAUUUAAAACUUUCACUGAAAAAGUAUUUGCAAAGAACCAUUAACCAAUACAAUGCAUGUACGUUCAUUACUUUGGCAAGAAUUUAUAAAAACGAGGAGCUCGAAGUCGAAUUCCUCAAAUUUAUCGAUGACAACGCCGAGGAAGUAUUGGAUUCCAAUGAUUUUAGGACUUUGUCAUCUGAAGUUCUUCAAGAAAUCCUCAAUCGGGACUCUUUUUAUGCUAACGAAUUGGUUAUAUUCCGUGAGGUUUGUCGCUGGGUCAAUGAGAACCAAAACAAACUGAAUCGUGAUACAAAAAUUGAAGUUUUAUCGGCCGUCAGAUAUCCGAUAAUGAGUGUUGGAGAACAGUCUCAAGCUAGGGAAUCACAACUGGUUAGGUCGGAUAUAAUUUCUGCUGCCAUGCAAUUAAGAAGAAACACGUGGCCACAAGAUAAGCCUCAAUUACGGGGACGGCUAAUACUCGAUGAUCGUAUUCGGUACGAGUCUCAUAGUUCUCCACUUCCCGAUUUGAAUACAAUUCAUCAGUCUCGGGGUUUCGCGGUUAGAUACAUGGAAAUCGGUACCAAUAUGAUAAGGUUGACAAAACCAUCAUUUGUAAACUUUAUAAAUAUAACGUUAUGGGAUCCUGUUGAAAGUAAAAAGCCUUUCUCUUAUUACAUUGAAGUUUCAAAUGACGGGCAAAAUUGGAAGCGUGUUAUAGAUCAUUCAAAUGAUAAUUGUCAAGGAGAUCAAGAACUGUGGAUUCAUCCACAAAUUGUUCGGUAUAUACACAUUGCUGGAACCAACAGGAGUGCUAAUGCGCUUUUUCGUAUUUGGAGACUCCUAUACAAGACAAAAGAUUAGUUACAGUAAUUCGAGGAAUGGCGGUUUACGUAUGAUUGUGGUUUGUAUGUAUGUUUACAUGCAUUUUUUUACAAUUCUGAUUCACAUUUUUUUAACACACCUUCAAAUGAUAGCAGGGAAUGGCUCUUUUAUAACUUUAAAGAAUAUUCUAAAUUAUUCAAUACAAAUUAGUUCAAGAUCACUCUUAUUUUAAUAAAAAAUAAAUUUGGGCCUUAAAUUCAUAAGUUCUGAAAAACCUAACAAAAAUGGCUUAUAAAAUAAAAUUAGAAGAAUUACACUUUACAAUUGCUACCAUUCCAGCUCAGCAUUUAACUAUUAAAUUAAAAUAGAACUUUUAAGAAUUUUAGUUGUAUUUUAAUAUACACCUUCCUGACCUAUUCAUUUAUGUAAAAAAACUUAUUGUUUACCUAGAAAUUAAUUGGUGUAUAUUCAAUAUAUAUAUAUAAUGAUGUGUUGUGGUAUAAGUAUUAAGUUAUUAUAUUAUAAAAUUUUUGUUUUUAAGUAUGGGGUAUUUAUA